AUGGGGGAGGACAGCCUGAGAGGGUUAUUGACAGGCUAUUGGUGCCCCCAGAGCAGGCCACAGACCUUUAAGAAUGUGCUGGAGGUGGGUGCCAUAGUCAUUUCAGCAAACACCAGUCUUCUGGGAGGAGGCGGAGUUGACGGCUGCAUACACAAAGCGGCAGGGUGCUGUCUGUAUGAUGAGUGUCACUCACUAAAUGGCUGUGAAACCGGCAAAGCCAAGAUCACCUGCGGUUAUGAUCUCCCUGCAAGAUAUGUGAUCCACACUGUAGGUCCAGUGGCUAGAGGUCAUGUUGGCGAUAAAGAGAUACAAGAUCUUACCUCCUGCUAUAAAAACUCCCUGGAUUUGGUGAAGGAGUAUGACUUGAGGACUGUGGCCUUCCCAUGCAUUUCCACAGGCAUCUAUGGCUAUCCCAACGAGCCUGCAGCCGACAUCGCUCUGGGCACAGUAAAGAAGUGGAUCGAAGAAAACUCUGAUAAGGUACGACACAUUGCAGAGUGAAAAGUAAAUUCCAGC